AUUGAGGUUGCAACCAAGGCACCACCACAAAACCCUUCGAAAUCUUCCUCUCAUUCUCUUCGUACAUUUAUCUACCUCUCGAGAGAAUAUCCAAAAUAUUGCUAUUGAUCAUCUCGGGUUUUUUGAAAAACCAACUUUAAAAAAAACAACUCAAAACCUUGUUGGCAACUUCUCCUCCAUUCAUAAUAAGAGAAUUUGUUUUUUCGCUCGGGCACUAUAUUUUCCAUACCACCUACCUACCUCACUUCUUUCUCACUACAGUAGUGAUUCUUUCAUCAUCACUUUUUGUAUUAUAUUUAUCAUCAUCAUACUUUUGUACUCACCAUUAAAUUGUAAUAUAGAAAAUGACUAGCUAUCCUAAACACCUCAUCAAGGUUUUGCUUUUGGAGAAUAUUUCUCAAACAGCUGUUGAUUUAUUUAAAAAGGAAGGUUUCCAGGUUGAGAGUGUUUCCAAAUCUCUCAGUGAAGAAGAAUUAACUGUUAAAAUUGAAGAUGUUCACUUGGUCGGAAUUCGUUCAAAAACUAAAUUAACAGAAAAAGUUCUUUCUAAUGCUAAAAAAUUGAAAGCUGUGGGAUGUUACUGUAUUGGAACUGAUCAAGUUGAUUUGGAAUGUUGUGAAAAGAAGGGUAUUCCUGUAUUUAACUCACCUUAUGCAAAUACUAGAUCUGUUGCCGAGUUGGCCAUGUCAGAAAUUGUCAUGUUGUCACGUAAGGUUUCCGAACACGUAAAGAGUUUGCAUCAAGGCCAUUGGUACAAGAUUGCUAAGGAUUGUUAUGAAAUUAGAGGUAAAAUUUUGGGUAUUGUUGGUUAUGGACACGUAGGAAGUCAAUUGGGUUUAUUGGCUGAAGGAUUUGGUAUGAGUGUUAUCUAUUAUGAUAUCGAACACAAGUUACCAUUGGGAAAUGCUAAACCUGUCGAUAGUAUGGAACAAGUUCUCUCAACUGCUCACUUUGUCUCCCUCCAUGUUCCAAAAACUGAACAAACCAAUAACUUGAUUGGGGAAGCACAAAUUGCCCAAAUGCAAAAGGGGUCCUACCUUUUGAAUCUUUCUCGUGGAAGUGUUGUUGAUGUUAAUGCACUUGCUAGUGCCCUUAAGAGUGGUCAUUUGCAUGGUUGUGCUGUCGAUGUCUUCCCAACUGAACCUGAAAAGGAUGGUGAUAAUGUAUUUUCAUCACCACUUCAAAAUUGUCCAAACACAAUUUUAACACCACACAUUGGUGGUUCAACCAUUGAGGCACAAGAUGCUAUUGGUAAGGAAGUGGCUCAAAAGUUGAUUUCCUACAUGAAUGAAGGUAUCACUCUUGGUAGUGUCAACUUCCCACAAAUUAAUCCAGUUCACUAUGCUGGUUGUCACAGAUUGCUUCACAUUCACGUCAACAGACAUGGUGUGUUGAAAUCUAUCAACGCUCUCUUGCAAGAUUACAAUGUUGUUAGUCAAUUGUUGGGCACAACAAAACAUAUUGGUUAUAUGGUCAUUGAAUUGGAUAAAUCAGUUGCUGAGGAAGUUUUCAAACAAAUUAAGGAAUUGGAAUCAACCAUUAAAGCAAGAGUAUUGUUCUAAAAGGAUUGCUCUCCCAAUUUUGAAGAGUGUGUACAUAGUAAUAAUAAUAAUAAUUUAAUAAUUUUAAAGUUUCAAAA